AUGGCCGGCCACAGGCCCAGGGUCCUCAUCGGCAACUGGAGAGAGGAGGCGCAGCUGGAGGAGGAGCGCCUGAAGGACUUCAUGCGUAAGAGAGAACGCGGAGAACUUCUCGUGCAGAAAAUAAACAGCCUGCAAGAGAAUGUUUUACAGAAGACAGAGCUGUCAGUAUCCAAGGACGGAUUUGUUCACUUCGGAGACGCCGUGCUGCUGCUGAACCCAGCCCCGGCGGCGCCGGUGGAGCGUGACCCCGGGGCGUGCGGCAGCCUGGCGCUGGCGGUGCCCCUGGAUGACAGCUACGUUUAUUCGGCCGCACCGCUGCGAGCCCCCAGCGGAGUCAGCGCAGUCAAGGGUGUGGACCCUGUGCGCCGAAAUACUUUUCAUAUUUUAAGUGUGGAUGGAGGUACAGUGGAUGAACCUAUUAGAUUUGGGCAAAAAUUUAGUCUUGGGACAACAGGAGGCUUUUCUGACCAAAUGUUAUAUCUAGCAAGUGACCAUAAAUCAUUUCUAAGAUUUGCUAAAAAAUCUCACCUUCAGCAAGUAUUCCUGACAGAGGAGAUGUCCUACCUGACUUGCUGGCAAGCUGCCUUCUGGGAUCCACAGCUGCGCCUCGAACACGAAGGAUUUCCAGUGCCUGCAAACUCUAAAAUCAUUAUUACUCAUUGCCACACCAACCGCAGCUUAGCUGUUCCAAGGAACUUUUGGACAAGGUCUUAUUUUGGCAAAGAAUAUGAAGUAGUUUGUCACACUUACCUGGACUCCCAUAAAGCUGAAGAAGAUAAGAAUUACUGGGAAAUAGUUACAGGAAAUCCCAGCAAUAGGGAUGGUUCAAUGCUUAACAGACCUGACCCUCAGCCAGGAGGUAUCAGAAAGGAGCUUUGUGAAGAGGCAUAG